CCGUGGGAAAGCUUGCCGGUUCAUACGGAUGAACUUCUGUCUCACCUGACACACGCUGCGGAUACACUCUGUAAGAUUAUAGAAAAAUGAAGAGAAAUCACGAUUUUAGCUCCUCAGACAGCGAACUCGAUGAAAAUAUCGAAGUGGAGAAGGAGAGUGCUGACGAAAAUGCCGGUGUGAAUUCUCCACUCGGUUCAAUGUCUCCAUCCACUACCUCUCAAGUGCAAGCGAGAAAACGUCGCAGAGGGAUCAUUGAGAAGCGCCGCAGGGACCGGAUAAACAACAGUCUGUCUGAGCUGCGCAGGCUUGUGCCCAGCGCGUUUGAGAAACAGGGCUCUGCCAAACUAGAAAAAGCAGAAAUUUUACAGAUGACCGUUGAUCAUUUAAAGAUGCUUCAUGCAGCUGGAGGAAAAGGUUACUUUGAGGCUCACGCUCUGGCCAUGGAUUACCGUGGCCUGGGUUUCCGCGAAUGCCUGGCGGAGACGGCGCGUUACCUCAGUAUCAUUGAGGGCCUGGACAACACCGACCCCCUCCGCAUCCGCCUGGUUUCGCACCUGAACAGUUAUGCUUCCCAGAGAGAAGCCCACUCUGGUUUGGGCCACUUGGCGUGGGGCUCUGCGUUCGGGACACCGCCCGGACACCUGGCUCAUCACCUCCUCCUGCAGCAGCCGCGCAGCACCAGCAGCCCUCCAUCCUCCAGUUCUUCAUCGCCCUCCUCUUCAUCUCCAUCCGCCCCCUCCACAGAGCCACACGCCCCCAGCAGGCUGACUGGCACGGUGAUUACUGAGGCAGGGCAGACAGGACCGCUGCGGGUGACACCCAGUUCCUCCCUGCCCCCUGGGCUCACACCACCUACUACAUCCAAGCUUUCUCCACCCCUCCUGACGUCACUUUCCAGCCUGUCUGCAUUUCCCUUCCCACUGAGCGCAUUUCCCCUGCUGUCUCCGAGCUCGCUGGGCCCCGGGAUUCCCUCCAGCAGCCUGGGGAAGCCCUACAGGCCUUGGAGCAUGGAAAUAGGGGCCUUCUGAACUUAAAAAACAUGAAAACUGUGGACAGACAGUCAGUUAGAUAUGCCCUUUUCUUUAACAUCUGACUAUUUUGAAGAGAUGGACAGAACCGCAGACUUGUACAAAGGGAAAAAGCGAAUACAGAUCCAAUGUACUUAUUCCAGUUACCCUGUGUAUUAAAGCUGUCCUGUCUCAGGCUGAGCAGAGAUGAGUUCUGGAGAGUGUCAGGUUCUCACAGGCUCGGUUCUGAGCAAGUCUAGUUAUUUUGUCCAUUAGUGGAGCAAGGUAAACUAAAAGAGAGAGAGAGAGAGAGAGAGAGAGAGAGACUGGAGCCAAACGCAGAUGAGAUGCAUCACUGAAUGGGUGUUAUUGGAGUUAAGCUCAAACCAGAUGUCCAUUUAACGGGACAGUUCACCCAAAAAAGAAAAUUCUGUCAUUUACUCAGCCAUCAUCUGUGGGAGAUAAAAGAAGAUAUUUUGAUGAAUGUUGGUUACCAAACAGUUUUGGGUGCCGUUGACUUCCAUUGAAUUUUUGUCCAAGCGGGACAAUUUGGUUACCAACAGUCUUUAAAAUAUCUUCUUUUAUCUUCCAGGCAAGAAUUAGAGGAAUAUAGAAAUGACAUUAUGGUAAGUAAAUGAUGACAGAAUUUUCUUUUUUGGGGUGAACUAUCCCUUUAAUUAUGUUAAAGAUAGUACAGAAGUGCUGUGAUCUCUUGAAACACAUAUAUGCAUCCUAAAUAGUCUCCUUCAGAAUGACAGGCAGGAUUUGACUUAUUAUGUGAGGAAACGUGUUCAGCAUUUCCAUGAAAAUGAAAAACUAUGCAAUGAAGUUGACACUGAUGUUUUGCAUUCAACCCUCUGCAGAUUAAUAUAAAACUAUGCAACUGAAUCUGUAUUUCUCAACUUGAUGAGUGCUUUAUUUUUUAUAAAGAUUUUAAGUCAUUUUGUUCAGUGAACUGCGGUGUGUGUUUAUGUAUAUAAAAUGUUAUGAAUUUGUUGUUUGCAGGAACAGGCCACUGUUAAAGCUUUUCAGAGACAAUCUAGAUAGACAAUCUCUCAGAACGGCACUAAUUUAAUUGUAGCAAAGGCACUGUUGGAUUUGUCCAUAGCGGAGUUGUUUGCUCAUGUGCACAAGUUCCCUCUUCAUGCACCAGAUCAUCUCUCUCUCUCUUAGUUAACUCUACUUGAGGAGUGUUUUGGGAAACCAGAUUGUUUCACGGUAAUAGUGAAUUUUCACUGGCAAAUCAGAUAAGACUAGGGGAAUAGAUAGUACUGGAAGAGAUGGUGUGGUACUGUGCCUGUCCCUCACUAACCUGUGUGACUUUCCUGUAAUAAAAUGAAAUGUCUAGCUAAUAGCCCUGUACUUGCA